ACUUUUUUGCGCAUGCGCAGUCUGGUGUAACAGGGGCACGAUGGCCGCGGACAGUACCUUGCUGCUGUCUCUGGUGGAAGAAUAUGUUUCGGGGCUACAGGACAGCAAAGCCAAAGACACAGCAACAGGGAUAAGAGACGGACAGUUUACAAUACUGCAGCUGGUUGAAGCUCUGGGUGCGAGUUUAACCAGCUCUCAGCCUCACACACGAGCUAGAGGUGUCCAGCUUCUGUCUGAAGUUUUACAGGAGUGCUAUGGAGGUCUAACUGAGGCAGAAGUCGAAGUCCUCAUCGCCUUCUAUGAAAACCGUUUAAAGGACCAUUACGUCAUUACUCCGUCAGUUUUACAGGGGCUCAGAGCACUGACAAAAUGUACCGUGUUGCCUCCUGGUUCAGCAGUGUCGAUGCUGAGGUCUUUGUUCCAGGAUGUCCAUGUUCAGUCACUGAUGCUGUCAGAGAGAGCCUGCGUUUACAACAUGCUCAUCAACCUCAUGGAGAGCAGAGAAGCCGAAUUGAAGGGUUUGGGGGCAGACUUCGUCUUUGGAUUUGUCCAGUCAAUGGAUGGAGAGAGGGAUCCUCGAAACCUUCUUUUAGCCUUCCAGAUCGCCAAUAGCAUCAUCCAGCGAGGGUAUGAUCUAGGUAAAUUUGCGGAGGAGCUGUUUGAGGUGACGUCCUGCUAUUUCCCCAUCGACUUCACCCCUCCUCCCAAUGACCCCCAUGGCAUCACCAGGGAGGAGCUCAUCCAAACUCUGAGGGGUGUCCUCACUGGGACGCCAAAAUUUGCAGAGUUUCUGUUGCCUCUCAUUAUUGAGAAGCUUGACUCAGAUGUUCAGAGUGCAAAGCUGGACUCUCUACAGACUCUGGCUGCUUGUGUGCCACAAUAUGAACAUAAAGACUUGGCAGAAUUCCUAGAGGGGCUGUGGACGUCACUACGCAGAGAGGUGUUUCAGACGUCUAGUGAGAAGAUUGAGUCUGCCGGCCUCGCUGCUCUAACCGCAGUCACUUCCUGUCUGUCUCGCUCCAUCCUCAACUCUGACUCUGAAGACUCUCUCUGCACCUUCCUGGAACUCGUUCUCAAAGACUGCAAACAUCACCUGAGUGAGCCGGACCUCAAACUCGUUUGGCCAAGUGCAAAGCUUCUGCAGGCCGCCUGCAGCGCCUCCAACAGGGCGAGUCACAUCAUAACAGCUGCAGUCAUGCCCUCUCUGCUUGAGCAGUACAACAGCAGAACACAGUGUUCUCACAGGCGGACACUUUUGGAGGUUGUGCAGCGUUUUAUCCAGUCAGUAGGAAGCAGCCAGUCUGCUGAGAAAGAAGAGAGCGUGCUUGUAGCCUUCCGUCCGUCUCUGUGCAGCAUGGUGUUUUCCGCUCUGACAGAGAGCAACUCCAAUCUACAGAUAACAGCCACCUCAGUGCUCACCUCACUAGCACAACAGACAGGUCUGCUGUUGGACUCUGAUAUCGAGCUGGCUUUAGAUCAUGUGACAAGACUGCUUCUGAUGGAGGAGGAUGAAAGAGUCAGUCUUGCUGUAGUGGAGUGUGCAGGAGCCUUAGCAGGGCUGCACCCAGCAGCUUUUAUCACCAAACUGAUCCCAAGACUAAAGACGGAGAUGUUCUCUGAGCCCAUGGAUCAAGAAAAUAAUAGACCAGCUUCAGAGCAGAAGUCCCAUCAUGCUGUGCGUCAGAGGUGUUUGUCUGCUUUGGCUGCAGUUUCCACUCAACCCAGUGUUGUCCAGGAGAGCACACCUGUCCUCAUGGAGGUCCUCAGUUCAGCACACAAAGAUAGUAUAGGUUUCUCAGUAGAGGAGGUGGUUUUGGCGUGUCGCAGCCUUCAGAGAAUAGCAGAGCAGGCUCAGGACACUGAGGAGACAGGACGAUGCUUCCAUGACAUCAUCAUCCCGCGCCUGCUGUCUCUGUCACUCCAGGCAGCGCUGCAGGGUGAGGAGUCACCAGGUCGUGGUAGUCCUCUCCUUAAGGAGUCGGUCCUAUCUGCCAUGGUCCCUGUCAUCAGUACUGCUUGCUCCAGGCUACAGCCCAUGUUGGCGGAACGGACAGCAUCUAAGGCUGUAUCCCUCUUUUUGAACGGUGACGUUUCCUUUUUGCCCAACAACUCCUUCCCUUCAAAUAUCCAACUGCUCAAGAAGCAUGACGAAGACUCAUGGAGCCAGUCUCAGCUGGUCUGUCUGCUCAUAGGAUGUGUGUGCUCCUUACCUCGCAGUGUGGUGCUUCCUCAGAUGGAUGAGCUGCUGUCUCAGCUGGAGGAGAUGAGCUGCACCUGCAGCCACCAACUGUCAUACACCUCAGCGGCAAAGUGCUUCGCUGGUCUGAUUAAUAAGAGACCACAGGGAGAUGAUCUCAACAGCCUCAUUCAGAGAACGAUGAAGAGAGUUUGCAGUGAGCUGGACUCUGCAUCUUCAUCUGUACGCACCCAGGCCUUCACCCUCAUGAUCUGGAUUGCCAAGGCUCUGCUUCUCAGAUAUCACCCUCUGUCCACAGCGCUGACUGACAAGCUCUUCUCUCUGCUCGAUGACGCUGACCUGGGUCCUCUGGCAGCAGAAGGUUUCUCUCUGCUGAUGGGUGACUCUCCUGACAUUCUGAACCGCAGCUGCCACGCUGAUGUUCGCAUCAUGUACCGCCAACGCUUCUUCAGUGAGAAUUCGGCCAAGCUGGUGCAAGGCUUCAAUGCUGCACCACAAGAGAAGAAGCCCAACUACCUGAAGGCUCUGUCAAACAUUGUCAACAACCUGCCGAAGCAGGUUCAAGUCACUGAACUCCCAGCUCUCCUGUCCCUGCUGUUGGAGGCCUUGUCGUGUCCUGAUCAGGGCGUCCAGCUGUCCACUCUGUCCUGUCUGGAGCCCGUUCUCGUCGAUCCUCCACCCGCUCUCAUCCAGCAGCUCGAGGCAUUAGUCAACAGGCUGCUGGCCCUCAACUCUAGUCCUGCCAUGAGCGUAAGGAUCGCUUCAUUACGAUGCAUCAAUGCAGUUUCCCGCUUCCCUGAACAUGAGGUCUUGCCAUUUCGUGCUAGAGUGCUGCGAGCUCUUGCCCGGCCUCUGGAUGAUAAGAAGAGGCUGGUGAGGACGGAGGCCGUACAGGCAAGAGGAGAGUGGUUCUUGUUGGGAAGUCCUGGAGGAAGGUGAUUCUGGGGCUUCUAAUGAUCCUCAUCCAGGGAGCCCAGCUUUGGAAGAGUCAGACUCAAGGACCAGAAACAAAGGAUCAAUGCUGUGCAAUCUACACAACAGCUCUCUUCCCUCUCUCCUCUUCCGUGGAUCUUUCUUCGUCCAUCUAUCUGCUCUCAUCUUCAACUUCUCACUGAGUUGCUUUCUUUUUAACUGUUCAUGAACGCACAAAUGAGAGUAUAUGGACUUACUACAGAGUCAAAAGAAUGAACCAUUAAGUUUGUUUCCUUUAACAUGCCUUAUUUAUACUGGGAUCUCUUUUGCUACAUACUGGAGAAACAUGACAUGAGGUUGCAUUUGGGUGUUUUGCUUGUUCAUAUUGAAAAUGUGCAUCAUGCAUUUUAAAUCACAAACCAAUGCCAGAGAAAGUUUCAUCUUGGUCUGUCAUAGCCAGAAAAGCAUCUAAAUAAACCCCAGAAAAUGAA